AUGAAUCAAUUCGAGACAUAUAUUGACAACCUCGCAAAUACUGCCAAGGUGUAUUCAGACCAGUGUCGAACUGGCUCUGCAGAGACAUCCCGCACGCGGCGGGACCUCCUCACAAUCGUAUUUCACUUACAGACCUUGCUAUUCCAGCCGACAGACUUUCUUCAACAUCUUGCCUUACAGGCUCAAGUUCUCGCAUGCCUUCAAUGGCUGGGACAUUUCCAGAUCCUCGCGUGCGUACCUCUCCAUGGUAGCGUUCGCGUUCAGGACAUUGCGGACCUGACAGGUGUUUCAGAGCUACAGCUUCACCGUGUUUUGCGUAUGAUGGCCAUGGUAGGGUUUCUUCGAGAACCCAACUCUGGCGAGAUGGCUCAUACGGAACUAUCAGCGAGCUUUGUUAGCAGGCCUUCUCAUCUGGAUGCAGCCAUGUUCUUGGCCGAGAUUGCCUGCCCUGCUGCGUUGCACAUGGCUUCAACUACGGAGCGUCACGGGCAGUCGGAUGACCCGCGCGAGAGUGCUUAUGCCGUGGCAUCCAACACAUCACAGUCGUUCCAGUUGCAUUGUCAACAACGCCCGAAAUUGCAGCUCCAAUGGGCUGCCUUCCUCCGUGAUGUGACCAAUGUGGUGGACGAUGGGGCUUCGAUAGAGCCACUGGACAGUCUUGACUGGGGCAGCUUAGGCGAUGCUUGCAUAGUAGAUGUAACAUCCCAGUCAGUAGCUCACGUUUUAGCCUUGGCGGACCUUUACCCUGCCCUUCACUUUGUGGUGCAGACGCCGGAUCCAGACGCAGUAGCCUACACGGUCGAUAAGUCUCAACACAGUAAACGCAUUAUGGUGCAUGAGCGAGGUGACGGAGAGCCCCAGAUAAUCAAGGACGCAGCUGUAUACCUGCUCCGCUUCACGUCACCCACACAAACCAUGUCGAUUCCCAGGCUUCGAGCCCACAUAAGCAGGGAAUUACGUGCGCAUUUUGGCAUUCUUAGCGCUAACCCCUCGGCUAGCUUGAUCCUUGAGAUAACAUUGCUGCCGGAGCCGGGUUCUGCAUCCCCCAGUGUGGAGAGGUCCGCCCGCGUUUUAGAUAUGUCUUUACUGCACCUCACAAACGAGCAUUGUAUGGAGUUGGCAGAUAUCGUGGAAUUGAUAGAAAAUGUACGAGGUGGCAACGGCCGACUGAUCGUUGACAAAAAGAUCUUUUCACGCAGUAAAGCGGUUGGUGCUCUGGAAAUAUUGUAUCAGGUCAAGCCUAAUAGAUAGAGGCUACCUACAUCUGCUUUUAAUGCCAGAUACAUGACGACUUUUUUCUGUCAAGCCUUCGGAAAGGCAUCAUUGCUGACCUGUUGGCAACGUGGGGUUAGACGACGAGCCCUGUCUAACAGGAAGAUGAUAGAGACACGAUAUUAACAAUCCGGAAUUGCACGCUGGCUUGACCUUCACUUGCCAAUGGUGCAGUAUAGGAGCAGUGUGUAAGCCUCCAGUUUUGCGUCUCAGUCUUUUGUACCACAUUUCUCAGAUGCCCUCGAUGUUCCCUGUUAACAUGAUCGCGAGAUAUCGGUCAACCUCCAAUGCAGUUGCUUUUGGCAGACUCUACAAGGAGAUUGGUUGAAAGUGGCCUGCAGUCCUGCUAAAGGCGAGGAUUGAAACUGAUUGAACAUUC